AUGUUUUCGCUAGGAGGACAGCGAGUCUUACAUAAGUGCCUCAAGAUUUUGAGGUUACAUAUUGUAGAUUUUAGUAGUUUGCCAGAUAUUAAGAAACUAAACCUCGUAAGGACAGUUGAAAAGACUAUAGAUAGCAACACAAGUAUUUUUAUUGAGAGCCCAAUCCAUGUGAAAGUACAACCAAUAGAUGUGAACGAUUUAAAGGCACACAACAAGCUUACUAUGACUUUGUAUAGUCUAGGAAAAGAUACAAACGAUUUUCACGUAAAACAGACUUCUAAGCGGUUAGAGUUAUUAAAUAAGACAACUUCAUCAGAUCGAAAUGAUGUAUGUUUAAUACAAGUUCCAUAUAAAGUAAAGGUACAAGUUAAAACUACAGAAAAUGCUUCAGUGCAUUUAGCUAAACUAGAAGCUGAGGAAUUUGUUGUCCAAACUCAAAAAGGAACAGUAAAUAUUGCUGAUUUGAAAGCUGAUAAUAUAAAAGUGGAGACAGCAUCAGGUGACUUACAAACUGAAGGCAGAUUACAAGCAAGCAACAUUGAUUUUAAAACUGGUUUAAAUGGAGGUAUUAAAUGUAAUAAUAUAAUGGCAAAUUCUUUUAAUGUAGUUUCACAUGGGGGUCACAUAUAUGUCAAAUCAUGUUAUAGUGAUAAAUCCCACUUCACUACUCUGAUGGGCAAUAUCAAGUUAGACAACUUGCAUAGAUCGGUGAAGAUAGAUGUAAUACAAAAAGGCAACUUGCACAUCACAGGAUUUACUGGUAAUUUGGAGGCAUCUUUAAAAAGUGGAGAUGUUUAUAUGCACGCAGCACAAUUAACAGAAAAAAGUAGUAUAUUUUUACAUGAAAAAGGCAAGGUGGAGCUACUCAUACAUGACAUAUUAAAGAACUUGCCUUCUACAAAUUUGAUAGCUGAAAAAAUUCAAGUUGAUGAAAAAAUACUGAAACUGGGUAGAUUCAUGGAUGAUUCACAUCCAAAAAGAUUUCGAUAUGAAAAAGAUCCUCAAAAUGAAUUACACAUAGUCUGUAAAAAUGGCUCUAUAGAUUUAAAGGAGACCAAUAUACCAUUUCUCAUA